CCCCAGGGCUCCGCUCCCGGUCCCGCCGCGUGACUCCCCUCCCCGGCCAAGGUCACGGUCAGCUGGCUCCCGUCACAGCGGCAGGAAUGUCCCGGGCGCUGGGCCGCGCUGCCUGGCUGGGACCCCUCAUCCCCGCGCGUGGGACGGACACGUGCGAGCCCGCCCCCACGCAGGGCUCCCGCCAGCCCUGCCGCCCUGGCCGCUGGGCGACCUUGGGACUGUUGCGUAACCUCUCUGGACCUUUUAAAAAAAACAGCCACCCUGCAUUGCGAGGCCUCCCCAGGCCCGGGCCCCAUGAGCUCAUCGCCUGCAGCCGGAUUCUCUCACGCGCGCGCUGGAGAGGCACCCUCGGGGGCCCCCGCCGCCCACGGCCACGCGCAGCCCAGAUUUGGCUCCAAGCUCCGGUCCUGACCGCGGACACCGCAUCCCAGCAGGAGAGGCUCCAGGCCAUCGCAGAGCGGCGGAAGAGGCAGGCAGAGAUCGAAAACAAACGGCGGCAGCUGGAAGACGACAGGCGGCAGCUACAGCACCUGAAGUCCAAGGCACUGCGGGAACGCUGGCUGCUGGAGGGGACGCCGUCCUCAGCCUCUGAGGGGGACGAGGACAUGCGGAGGCAGAUGCAGGAGGACGAGCAGAGGGCCCGGCUCCUGGAGGAGUCCAUCUGCAGGCUGGAGAAGGAGAUUGGUGUGCUGGAGAGCGGAGAGGUGAAGGAGAACGCAGCUGCCCCCAGCCCAGCCCGGGCACCGGCCCCCAGCGCCACUCGGGAGGAGCCCAAGGCUGAGGUGGUGCUGAAUUCACAGCCGACCGCGGCGGGCACGCCCAAAGCAGAGCAGAGAGUCUCCAACACGCCAGUGCGCAUGGCCGACGGCUCCACCAUGAUGAAGGCAGCCAUGUAUUCGGUCGAGAUCACGGUGGAGAAGGACAAGGCAACCGGGGAGACCAGGGUGCUGUCCAGCACCACGCUGCUCCCCCGGGAGCCGCACCCGCAGGGCAUCAAGGUCUACGAGGACGAGACCAAAGUGGUCCAUGCCGUGGAUGGCACCAUGGAGAAUGGGAUUCACCCGCUCAGCUCCUCCGAGGUGGACGAACUCAUCCACAAGGCGGACGAGGUCACCCUGAGCGAGGCAGGGUCCACAGCUGGGGCAGCGGCAGAGAGCCGGGGGGCGGCGGCGGGGGAGGAGACCGUCCGGACCACGCCGCUGCGGCGGGAGAUCACUGGGGUCCAGGCCCAGCCUGGUGAGGCCACGUCGGGCCCGGCCGUCCCGCCCGGCCAGGAGCCCCCGGUCACCAUGAUCUUCAUGGGCUACCAGAACGUGGAGGACGAGGCCGAGACCAAGAAGGUGCUGGGGCUCCAAGACACCAUCACCGCGGAGCUGGUCGUCAUCGAGGACGCGGCGGAGCCCAAGGAGGCCGCGCCGCCCAACGGCAGCGCCUCGGAGGCCCCCGCCGCCCCCAGCCCCAGGGAGGAGGACCAGGCCGGGCCCGAGGCCGCCACCAGCGACCCCCAGGACCUCGAUCUGAAAAAGCAGCGCUGUAAAUGCUGCUCAAUCAUGUGAGCCGGCCCGGCCCCCAGACCCCGGCCCCGCCCUGCGUGACACAGACCCACCAGCCCGGCCCCUCCCAGCGCCCAGCGCCCGCCGCCCGCCGCCUCGCGGCCUGAGACACGCGCGUCCGCACCGGCCCCUGAGUUUUCUUUCCGCUGAAGAGGGUCGGGAUCCCGCCCGUCACCACGCCCCACACGCACCCCGCCUCUGAGCCGUGCACUUUGCACCCGGUGGGAGGGACACGGGCCGCCCACUUUUCUGGAACGAGGGCCCCUGCACCCCAAAACUUGUGGCAGCUUCACAGACGUGGCCACUGUGUCCGGCUGGAGUAGCCCAUGGCCUCUCCGCCACCCCAGGCCAAGCCUGUGCCUUUCUGCCACCUCCGAUGGUCUCUCCGAUGGGACCUGGAGUCCCAGGGUCCCCCACGAAGGCACUGGCCUCACAGGCUCGGGCAGCUGGGGGUGAGGCUGUGCUUCUUUAGGGGACAGGUUGGGCCGCCCUGGACAGCCCCAGUGGCCGUGUCCCCUGCUGGGCUUGGGCAGGUGUGCGGACCUGGGAAGCCCUGGGGCCACAUCCCCACACGGGUGUCGGUAGCCCCAGGCUGUACCUGGCCGGGGGGCCACAGACUGGGGUCUCAAACUGCUUCUUGUCCCAAGCUCCUGUCCCCACUGGGCCCCUCUUCCUCCUGGUGCUAAUUUGGGGACUUCAGGGGCCACCCCCGGCCUCUUCUCCAGCCCGGGCCUCUGGUCCUCCCAGAAAUCAGGCCCCACUGGCCAGCUCUGCUAGGCCGGGAUUGUUGCUGGGCAGGGAGGUCCCCUGGGGUGGUGCGGGAGACCCCUACUUGCCACCUGGAGUGACGUCGCAGGCCCCUCUCGCUAGAGGUGGCCUGGAGGUCCCCGCCCGGGGACAGCCACGGCGCCCCCAGCCACAUGUUCUGCACAGGCCCACGCCCCCUCUCCUCAAGGGUUGGCUUUGGGCCCUGGAUCCUGUUGACCUGGUCCCUAGGGGCCUGGUGCCCAGGGCUAAGGCCACCUUGUGGCCAGGUCACCACCUACAGCCACCACGGGGCAGGCUCAGUGGCCACCCUCGGGCCAGAGCCAAGGUCACUGUCGAGGUUCUGCUCCUCCGGUGGCCGGGGGGAGGGGCCCUCUCUGGGGGUGACCCGGGCAGCGGCCGGGGGCCCCCUCUGCUUCCUCCCUCGAGUCCGCCCGAGUCCCCGAGCUGUGAGCCUUCGCUGAAGUGCCCUUGCUGCCCCCUCUGCUUUCGGUGUGUGAUGAGGCCCCGGUGUUCUUGAUUUUCCCAGAGAAGCAAAUAAAAGUGUGAAGAGCCCA